AUGAGAGAGAUCGUUCACGUUCAAGCCGGACAGUGCGGAAACCAGAUUGGAUCGAAAUUCUGGGAGGUCAUAUCCGAUGAGCACGGAAUUCAGCCCGAUGGAACCUUCAAAGGAGAGAGCGAUCUCCAGCUGGAGAGAAUCGACGUUUACUACAACGAAGCCAACAGUUCGUUAACUGUUCGAGCCUAAACUUACUUUAUUUUUUAGAUGGCAAGUAUGUCCCCCGCGCUGUCCUCGUCGAUCUUGAGCCAGGAACGAUGGAUUCUGUCCGCUCAGGUCCAUUCGGUCAGCUCUUCCGGCCAGAUAACUUUGUCUUCGGACAGUCCGGAGCUGGAAACAACUGGGCGAAGGGACACUACACUGAGGGAGCUGAGCUCGUUGACAACGUUCUCGACGUUAUCCGCAAGGAGGCUGAAGGAUGCGACUGCCUGCAGGGUUUCCAGUUGACCCACUCUCUUGGAGGAGGAACCGGAUCUGGAAUGGGAACUCUUCUUAUUUCCAAGAUUCGCGAGGAGUACCCGGACCGUAUCAUGUCUUCUUUCUCGGUCGUUCCAUCGCCAAAGGUUUCCGAUACCGUUGUCGAGCCAUACAACGCCACCCUCUCUGUGCACCAGCUUGUCGAGAACACUGAUGAGACUUACUGCAUUGACAAUGAGGCUCUUUACGAGAUUUGCUACAAAACCCUUAAGCUCACCGACCCAACUUAUGGAGACUUGAACCAUCUUGUCUCGCUCACUAUGUCUGGAGUGACUACCUGCCUCCGAUUCCCCGGACAGCUUAACGCCGAUCUCCGCAAGCUGGCCGUGAACAUGGUGCCGUUCCCACGUCUCCACUUCUUCAUGCCAGGUUUCGCUCCACUCUCUGCCAAGGGUGCCCAGGCCUACCGCGCUCUCACCGUUUCCGAGCUCACUCAGCAGAUGUUCGACGCUAAGAACAUGAUGGCUGCUUGCGACCCAAGACACGGAAGAUAUCUUACCGUCGCCGCUAUGUUCCGUGGACGCAUGUCCAUGAGAGUGAGUCACAGACUAGCUAUCAAACAGCACUAUGAGUGAUAUUUUCAGGAAGUCGACGAACAGAUGCUCAACGUCCAGAACAAGAACUCCUCGUACUUUGUCGAAUGGAUCCCGAACAACGUCAAGACCGCCGUGUGCGACAUCCCACCACGUGGACUCAAGAUGGCCGCCACCUUCGUCGGAAACUCGACCGCCAUCCAGGAGCUCUUCAAGCGUAUCUCGGAGCAGUUCACCGCUAUGUUCCGCCGCAAGGCCUUCCUUCAUUGGUACACUGGCGAGGGAAUGGACGAGAUGGAGUUCACCGAGGCCGAGAGCAACAUGAACGAUCUUAUCUCGGAGUACCAGCAGUACCAGGAGGCCACCGCUGAGGACGAACCUCUUGACGGAUACACCGAGGGAGGAGAGACCUACGAGUCUGAGCAAUAA